ACAACCACCCACCAUACAAUACUACAAAUCCAAUACAAUACGUAUUGUAUGGAUUGAAGUUAAAGUUUUAUCAAGUAGCAAGUACGUCAUUAUUUUUUUUGGUUUGUUCUGUUCGUCUGUUGUUUUGUUGAACAUUUCAUUAGAACACAACCAUGAUUCACUUUUGUUUCUUGUAGUGAUUAUUAAUAAUUCAUUUGUGAUUAGAUUAAGCGGUUUUUUAUUAUUAUGGAUUCUUCACGAAGAAGCAACGCUGAAGAACAACGAUGUAUUCUUGGAUUGCAAGAUUUAAAAAUAUCUAACAAAACUGAGAACGAUACUGAGCAAGCGCAUAGUGCUCCUGCCAAUAUAAGUGCUGUUGGUAAAGCCAGGCCUGUAGGAGCUAUUGAGAGUUUUACUUUGGACAGCGCCCCAACAAAUCGCGAGGACUAUAGUUUUUACGAACGUUCCAAUGUUAUAGCAGCCUCAAAAUUCGCAACACCGAAACGUGUUGAAACAAUAGCUUCAUUAAGUAAAUGUGAUAUUAAUACAACGGCUCUACCUGUAAGUCCAACGAGAUCGGUUGAUAGUGUUUCUCAGAGGUCGUUGAGUUAUCAAACUGAAGAUUUGUAUGAAAUACCUGGAAAUACCAAUCCGCAAUAUCCUCCGCCAGUUUAUGAAAAUAUAGAUUAUUACGGCGAACAGCGGUCACCCCAGCCACCUUAUUACCAUCAGAUAUACCAACAGGGUCCCCCACCCCCUGUUUCGGAUGGAUAUUAUGACACAAGGUACAGUAAAGCUCAACCACAGGUACCAGUGAGCUCAAAGUCUAAAUUAAACCCAAUUGUUUAUGAAAACAUGCUUUGUUCAGAUAAUGAUAAAAAAACUGAAUACAAGGCUCAACCAGCUCAAGACCAGCAAUUUGUUCAACAGGGAUCCAUUCCUGGACCCCAAGUACCUAAUAGUAAUUUAAACAGAACUAUGUUACAUAUGACUAAUGACAAGACAAAGGUUGAAAAAGCACCUCCUCCUUCUUAUAAUAAAGCUCAAAACAAUCACAGUGGUGAUUACACUAUAAUGAAGUCUGCUCCACCAAAGUACACAGAUGUCAGUGCCCUUUUGAAAAGUGAUAAUACGGUGAGUUUUGAUGACAAAGUGGUUACCAUACCAUCAACAGCUAUAUAUGCCUCAAUUGCACCUAGUGCACAAAGACCCAAAGCAAAUAUUGCCACAGAAGUACAAACAUUAACACCUGCCCCAAAAUUCUUUCAUCCUAAGCCCAACAUUGGGAAUGGACUGGGAAAAGAUAAAGCACCUGUUCUAGCACCAGUUAAUGAAGGAUAUAUAAAGACUCCUCUCAAUAGCAGGAUGCAAAUUGUUGAUGAUACUAACGGCUCUGAUUAUGUUUGUAUGACUGGUGGAUCCUCAGCGGCGGCUGUGGCUGCAGCUACAAGGGAUAAUGUUUCACUUGCAUCUGAGUCAAUUGGAUCUAGAAAUUUGGCAUCUGGGCUGACAUCACUUUGUUCUCCAGCACAAUCUCCAGCUCCUAGUCCUACUCCAAGUUCAGUUUCUCAGGUGUCAGCCGGUUCAAGAGGUUCUGGUGGAAGAGGAAAAAGUCUUCUGCCUUACAGUAUUACUCCACCUCGGCCUCCUGGCCCUAGUGAAGCCCAGCGGAAAAUUGAAGAGCUCACUAGACAGCUUGAAGAAGAAAUGGAAAGACAGGAUGAAGAUGGUGAAUAUUUUGGUAUUUGUCACACAUGCCGUGGUGGUGUGACAGGGGCAGGACAAGCAUGCCAGGCAAUGGGCAACCUGUACCACACCAACUGCUUCAUUUGCUGCUCCUGUGGCCGUGCAUUGCGCGGCAAAGCUUUUUACAAUGUUCAUGGGAAAGUUUAUUGUGAAGAAGAUUACUUGUAUUCCGGCUUCCAACAAACUGCUGAAAAAUGUGCAAUCUGUGGGCAUUUGAUCAUGGAAAUGAUAUUACAAGCCAUGGGCAAGUCUUACCACCCUGGCUGCUUCCGUUGCUGUAUAUGUAAUGAAUGUUUGGAUGGAGUACCAUUCACAGUGGAUGUGGACAACAAAAUCUAUUGUGUGAAUGACUAUCAUCGCAUGUUUGCACCGAAAUGUGCAAGCUGUGGCAAAGGUAUCACUCCAGUGGAAGGCACAGAUGAGACAGUGCGAGUAGUAUCAAUGGACCGAGACUUCCAUGUAGACUGCUAUAUGUGCUGUGUGUGCGGCAUGCAGCUCACUGAUGAACCAGAUAAACGCUGUUAUCCACUAGCAGGAAAGUUGAUGUGUCGCGCCUGUCACUUGGCCACUAUCGGCGCGGCCACGGGCCCCGGGAUGCCUCCAGCGCCUCACUUGUCUCCAGCCUCAUAUAAAUACAUGGGUUAACACUGGUCUGAUCUUUGGAAAUUAUAUGCUGUUACAAAUAUAGACAUAAACUUUGUAAGCAAUUAUACGUCACUUAAAACAGUCGUUUAUAAAUGAACUAGCUGUCGUCCGCGAAU